GGUGCCGGCUGGCCAAUGGGGAGCGCGGGGAGGCGGGCACGAGCUGUGAAGGCUCCUGGGGACAGCACGAGAGGGAGAAAGGAGGCGGCGGCGGCGCCGGUGGGAGCAGGCCGAUUCAGGGGGCCGGUCACUGCGAGUAUUACGGGCGGCGGGAGCGGCGAUGCCCCGGGCCGGAGCAUGGGGUCCCCGCGCGUGACGGCGCGGGAGCUCUGCGAGAACGACGACCUGGCCACGAGCCUGGUGCUCGACUCGGUGCUCGGCUUCCGCACGCACAAGAUGGGCGUCAGCCCUUUGCCCCCCCUGCGGCGGCAGCAGCAGCUGCGCGCGGCCGUCGAGCGCUUCCGGCGGCGGCGGGACCUGGAGGCCGCGUUCCGCGCGCUCACGGGCGGCGGCGGCACCGGCGCCUUCUUCCAGCGGCGGCGCCCGCUGCAGCAGGCGGCGCUCAAGAGCCACAUCCUGCGGUACCUGCGGAUCUUCCUGCCCGAGAGCGGCUUCGCCAUCCUGCCCUGCAGCCGCUACUCGCUGGAGACCAACGGGGCGCGCGUCGUCUCCACCCGCGCCUGGCGGCGGAACGAGAAGGUGGCGCUGCUGGAGGGCUGCGUGGCCGAGCUGGGCCCCGACGAGCGGCUGCUGCGCUGGGGCCAGAACGACUUCAGCGUCACCUACUCGACCCGGCGCCGCCGCGCCCAGCUCUGGCUGGGGCCCGCCGCCUUCGUCAACCACGACUGCCGGCCCAACUGCAAGUUCGUGCCCACGGAGGGGAACAGGGCCUGCGUGAAGGUGCUGCGCGACAUCGAGCCGCAGGACGAGAUCACCUGCUUCUACGGCGAGAGCUUCUUCGGGGACAACAACGAGCGCUGCGAGUGCUGCACCUGCGAGAGGAAGGGCGAAGGCGCGUUCCGGCUGCGCAGGAAGGACCCGGCGCCGCCGCCGCCCCCCAAGUACCAGCUGCGGGAGACGGACGGGCGGCUGCGGCGGGCGCAGGGCCGGGGGGCCGGACGCCCCCCCCCGCGCGCCGCCGCCGCCCCCCCCGGCGCCCCCCCGGCGCCGCCGCCGCCCCCCCCGCGCCGCCGCAGCCCCGCGUGGCCCUGCACGACUGCGUGCGCUGCCGGGGCUCCUGCCGCCUGGGCCGCGAGCCCCGCGUGCGCCUGGCCCGCCUGCCCCCCGCCGCCCCCCCCCGACCCCAAGCUCGCCCUCUUCCCCCGCGUGCGCCUGGGCCCCCGGGGGGGCGACGCCGGGGGGGCCGCGCCGCCCCCCCCCCCGCCAAGCGCCCCCCCGCCUUCGGGGCCGCCCGCCGCCUGCGCCUGGUCGUCAGCCACGGCGCCAUCGCCCUCGACGUGGCCCCCGACGACUCCGCCUGAGGGGGGGCCGGCGACCCCCCCGGGGGCGUUUUUCUACGUUUCGGGGGGGUUUUGUACGGGGGGGGCGGCACAUACCUACCUCACGGCCCCCCCCCGCCACACGGGACUCCUGGGCCCCCCCAGAGGGAGGGCCGGGACCCCCUUCCUCGGGGGGGGCAAUUCCUGCCCCUCCCUCCCCCCGGUGGGGCAGAGCUGGGGGGGGUUGGUGCUACGGGGGGGGGGCUGGGGGGCGGGUUUUGGAGCAAAAUCACUUUUUUUUACCGAAAUAAAAAGAAAAACCAGCAAGGAGCCGUCUGUGCUUUGGCGUCGGGGGGGGGGGGGACGGGGGUGCUGCCCCCCCGCGGAGCCGGACGCCUGGGCCCACCCACCUCUGCGGGGCGUUUUGGGGCGAAAAGCAGCCAAAAGCGGAGCGCCGCCGACCGCAGCCAUGUCCGAGGCCGAAGAGGAGUACGAGGAGGAGCAGCCCGAAGAGGAGGAGCAGCCCGAGGAGGAGCAGCCUGAGGAAGAGGAGGAGGAAGGUCAGUGA